AUGUCCGACCAGGAUUUGAAAAACGCGAUUCUCCGACUAACCGAACUGGUAGUCAACCAACAAGAGCAGAUUCAACUCCUCAAGCGAACCGGUCAAGCCAGCCAACCGGGAAGCGAGAAGAUAAUCGAAUCGUUGGCCACGGGAAUUGAAGAUUUUUACUACGAUCCUGACGGUGGAGUGUUCUUUGACGCGUGGUUUGCUCGCUACGAAGAUGUCUUCAAGGUCGACGGCAAGAAUCUAGACGAUCCAGCGAAGGUGAGGCUACUCUUAAGAAAAAUCGGCACCCAGUUCCACGAGCGAUACGUAAAUAGUAUCCUGCCAAGACAUCCCCGCGGUUUUGGCCUGGACGAAACGGUGAAGAAACUUAAGAAACUUUUUGGUCAUCAAACCUCACUGUUCAACGAUCGUUACCGUUGUCUUAAGUAUACUAAGAACGAAGCAGACGAUUUUUCAAGUUAUGCUGCCUCUGUGAACAAGCAUUGCGAAGCAUUCCAACUCAUCAAGCUCACUGAUGACCAAAUCAAGGCGCUACGUUUUGUUCGCGGUCUACAAUCUCCCCGCGAUGCAGACAUCCGAACUCGAUUGAUCGGCAAAUUGGAAGCUGAAGAGCAUGCUCCGCCAGCAGACGGCACAAAGCUAACCUUUGAAAAUCUCGUCGAGGAGUGUCAUCGGUUCAACAAUCUAAAGCAGGACACCAAGUUGGUAGAGAAGCCCGUUCCGGAAAAAUCCGUCGUCAACGCUGUUUCCACCAAGCCUGCUAAGAAAAAACAACCAAAAUCUCCGUGCUGGUUUUGCGGUGAUUUACAUUUCGUAAAGGAAUGUUCCUAUCAAGACCACAAUUGCAACAAGUGCAAACGAAAAGGGCAUAAAGAAGGUUACUGCUCAUCCGCUGAAUCAAAAUCAAAGCCAGCAAAGAAGUUCGAAAAACAAAAGUACAAAGCAUUUGUGAAGUCCAAAGGAAUUUCAGUGAAACGCAUCGAUCUUCAAGGGAAGAGGAAAUACGUUACUGUUGGAAUCAAUGGCAAAGAAGCUGUCCUUCAGUUAGAUUGCGCUUCUGAUAUCACCAUUAUUUCUACGCAGACCUGGGAGGCGAUAGGCAAACCAGCCAUCAACGAAACUGACAUAACCGCCAUCAGCGCUUCCGGAGACAAGAUUAACAUGGCUGGUGAGUUCCUUGCAGACAUAACCAUCCGAAGCGUGACAAAAGCUGGCAUUGUCUAUGUGUCAUCAAGCCCGGAUUUGAAUGUCCUUGGAAUUGAAACAAUCGAUCUAUCCCAUCUAUGGUCGAUUCCUUUCAACUCACUGGUCAAUGCUGUGCAUCAGAAGCCGGAAGACAUUGAGCAAAAGCUGCGUACGAAGUUCCCGGAAGUGUUCCAGAGCACACUUGGCCGGUGUACCAAAGCAAAAGUUAAACUCUACCUAAAGCCCAACGCCCGUCCCGUGUACUGUCCCAAGAGACCAGUUGCAUAUGCUGCUCUUCCCAAGGCGGAUGUCGAACUUCAACGUCUUCAGGACAAGGGAAUUAUCUCACCAGUGAAGUUUUCCGACUGGGCAACUCCAAUAGUAGUGGUCCGUAAGUCAGACAACGUUUUCGUCCGUAUCUGUGGCGACUAUUCUACAGGGUUAAACAAUGCGCUAGAAUCAGAUGCCCAUCCGCUACCACAUCUAGAUGAUAUUUUUGCAGAUCUAGCUGGCUGCCGUUAUUUCUCCCAACUCGAUUUUUCUGAUGCGUACCUGCAAGUCGAGAUUGAAGAGGAAUCACAAAAGUAUCUGACGAUAAACACUCAUCGAGGACUGUUCAAAUACAACCGUCUGCCACCUGGAAUCAAGUCCGCUCCUGGUGCCUUCUAA